AUGGAUUCGCAACCGCCUCCAAAACCGUGGGAACGGCGGAUUCCCGGGACUAUUGGUGCACCUAUAAAUUACAGGUCUACAGACUUUGCACCUACUGUAGGCCCCUCUGUUGGCCCGCCAGUCCUGACCAGAGUUGCCCCUCCACUCCCUCCACGUCCUAUGCAACAGUCCUACCGUCCAGCUUACAGCUCCUUCACCUCGUCUUACAGUCCCUAUGGGACCUCAAUCUACGGGGGCUACAGCCCCUACAGCCCUUACGGCGGUGGUUAUGGCCUCGGAGGUUACAAUCGCUUCUCGCACACGGAGGACACCGCGCCGAGUCGCUUCGUGCAGCAGGCGGAGGAAAGCAGCCGUGGCGCUUUCCAGUCCAUCGAAAGCAUCGUCCAAGCCUUCUCCUCCGUCAGCAUGAUGCUUGAUGCCACCUUUUCAGCCGUCUACAACAGCUUCCGCGCCGUGCUGGACGUGGCCAACCACCUGACACGCUUACGAGCGCAUCUCACCAGGGUCUUGUCAGCGUUCGCGUUGGUACGCACUUUGAGAUACCUCUAUCGACGGUUACAGAGACUGCUUGGACGGCGGGGAUCCGGCGCUGAGAUUGAGGAUUUAUGGGCAGAUAGUGCAAGCGACGCGCUGGCGACGAGUUCGACGAGAGGAACGGACGAUCAAGCUGUUAAAUCCUGGCCAAUCAUUUUGUUUUUCGCUGUCGUCCUGGGUGGACCCUACCUUAUUUGGAAAUUACUGAGCUCUGCCACUGGCUCAGAAGACGGAGGGACUAACUGGGCUAAUGGGGAGGACGACCAUGUUGUGGCGAAAGCAGAGUAUGGAUUUUCAGCUUCAUCCGAUGAGGAGAUUUCUUUCCAGGCUGGCGACAUGCUCAACCUCGCACCGAAAGAGCAACAGCCCCGUGUGCGCGGCUGGUUACUGGCCAGCCUGGACGGUCAGACGACAGGUCUCAUCCCGGCCAAUUACGUCAAGGUCCUCGGCAAGAGGAGAGGCCGCAAACAGGCGGAGUUGGAGAGGCUGGCUCAGGUGCAGCAAGAGAGCUCACAGGCCUCUCGGACUACCCUCACCACAAACGGGAGUCUUUCAUCUGAAGCGUCGCUGGAGGCUGCGUACAAUGAAACACCAACUUCCACUAAUGUGGGACCUUCAAAUUCCAGCUCCAACACUGUUGUCAACAUCCCGGAGAAAACUGACCUAUGA